AUGAAGGGAAAAUCAAGAAAAGGGCAAACUGCUGAAGCACCCGAGGAGGAAGAUGAUGCUCCUCAGCAGACAUUGGAGAACUCUGUGCAAGAACUUCAGUCCAUGUUCCAGGCGUUUAUGAAGACACAGCAGAAGCAAGAAGAACGGGCACGGGAAGAUCAAGCAAGGCAAGAACAGCGCUGGCGAGGAAUCGCGCACCAGUUCAGCAUGCUUCAAGAUGAAGUGCGGCAGGAGCGGCGGGAGGUCAGCAGAGACCGUGGCAGAUCCAGACUGAGGGCAGAGCAACAGGGUGCCUCACUUUCAGCCCCUGUGUCAACAGCAGUAAGUCCAGCGCACGCCACUCAGAGGGAAGUCCAGGCGGAGCUGCAGAGGUGGGCAUCGGAAGACCAAGUCCCAGGAGGAGCGAUGGCUAUGCCAGCGGCGAUGUGGGUCCAAGCAGCGGCGACGGCAGCUCCAGGCGCGGCGACAGUACCAGGUCCAGCGGCGAUGGGGGUCCAAGCGGCGGCGACAGCAGGCCCAGGCGUGAUGGCGGUACCAGGUCAACCGGCGAUGGGGGUCCAAGCGGCGACGGCAGGUCCAGGCGCGGUGGCAGUACCAGGUCCAGCGGCGAUGGGGGUCCAAGCGGCAGCAGCGGCGACAGCAGGCCCAGGCGUGAUGGCGGUACCAGGUCAACCGGCGAUGGGGGUCCAAGCGGCGACAGCAGGUCCAGGCGCGGUGGCAGUACCAGGUCCAGCGGCAAUGGGGGUCCAAGCGGCGGCGACGGCAGGUCCAGGUGCAGCGGCAGUACCAGGUCCAGCUGCGAUGGGGGUCCAAGCGGCGGUGAUGACUGCAGUCCCAGGCAUAGCGAUGGUUCCAGGUCCAGCAGCACAACCGGCGAUGGGGGGCCAAGCACCGUCAGUACAGCAAGGUACUCCUCAAGUCGCAAGCUGGAAAGGACCUAAGAUGCAGAAAUACACAGAUGAUGAAGACAUUGAACAUUUUCUCACGACGUUUGAACGCAUUGCUACAGCUAGUUUGUGUCCCAAAGCACAAUGGGCACUCCACUUAGUUCCACUUCUCACCGGCAAGGCAAGAGCAGCGUACAUUGCCAUGGAUUUCACAGAUGCAAUGGACUAUGACAAAGUCAAGGCCAUAAUCCUGGAGAAAUUCGAGAUCAACCCAGAGACCUACAGGCAGCGCUUCAGGUCAACCCAGAUGCUUCCGGAUGAGUCGCCGAAAGAACUGUUCACCAGGCUGCGGGAGCUGUACGAGAAAUGGACACGUCCACAACACCACACCAAAGAACAGAUCAGCGACAUGCUGGUCUUGGAACAGUUCCUGAGGAUGGUGAGCAGCGACGUCCGGCUCUGGAUAAAAGAACAUGACCCGAAGACGGCGAAAGAGGCAGUGGUGUUGGCAGAGGCCUUCAUGUCGGCGCGACGAGGCUCAAGACCACAGCAGACGGUCGGGGGGAGAGACGGCACAGCUGCACGGUCCGGUAAGUCUGAGGGUGGUUGGCAUGGUGGUGGUGGUUUUAAAAGCCCUAGGCCCAACACUGAUGAUGUGCGAUGUUUUUACUGCAAUGAGUUGGGACACAUCAAACUCAAUUGUCCCAAGAGAAAGCCUAAAGCGUCCAAUGUGUCUGUUGUCCCUAAUGCUAGUGGGGGGGAGGCCACACUAGAUGAGGGGGAGGCUAUCACAGUAGUGCGGGUUAAUGGGAAGCAGGUCCAAGCCCUGGUAGAUACUGGGAGUAGCCAAACUAUUGUAAGCGCAGAUCUUGUAGCUCAACACAGUACACCUACAGAUGGGAGGGUGGUUAUUAGAUGUGUUCAUGGCGAUGAGCGGUCUUACCCUACGGCUGAGGUUCAUCUAGAGGUUGACAAUGUGUUGUACAUGCUUACUGUUGCUCUUGCAGAGAAGCUGCCAUACCCAGUAGUAUUGGGCAGGGAUAUCCCAGACCUUGCGGCUCUUGUAGAGGGCCAGAGCUGUAAUAUGGCUGUUACACGUGCACAGGCACAAAAGACGCACAGAGACCCAACAUGGGAUGUGUUACCCUGUCCUGACGUGACGCGUAAAACGCGAAGUCAGAGAAGGUCCGACAAAUUUAGAGGCACCAAGCUAACUGAAACUGUUCCUCAACCAAAGCUCGAUGGUGGGGUGAAUGUAACUAUUCCCUCAGACAUAAUCCAGGCACAACGGUCUGACAAAACCUUACAACCAUGUUAUGCUGGCUUGGCUGCAGAUGAAAAUGGGGAUGCGGUAGGCCCCAAAUUUAAGCUCAAGUCUGGCAUUUUGUAUCGCUAUGGAGAUGAUGGAGAACAGCUUGUGUUGCCAAGGUCCCUGAGAAAAACUGUUAUGGAACUCGGACAUGCUAGUGCAUGGGCCGGACAUCUCGGCCAGAACAAAACAUGGGACAGAAUUGUUGACCGGUUUUACUGGCCAAAGAUUUACACUGAGGUGAUUAACUUCUGCAAAGAUUGUCCUGAAUGUCAAUUGACUGCUCCAGGCAGGAAGGGGGACAGAGUGCCGUUAGUCCCUAUGCCUGUGAUCGAUGUCCCUUUUAGCAGAGUGGCAAUGGAUAUUGUUGGCCCCUUAGAACGCAGCCGUAAGGGUAACCGCUACAUCUUGGUCAUUUCAGAUUACGCCACACGAUAUCCAGAAGCUUUCCCAUUGCGUAACAUCAAAGCUAGACAGGUAGCUACUGCUUUCCUCCAGUUGGUCACGCGGGUGGGCAUUCCCAAAGAAGUACUUACAGACCAGGGGUCAAAUUUUACAUCUGGUCUCAUGAAAGAUGUGUAUAAGUACUUGGGCAUUAAGGGCAUUAAAACCACGCCAUACCACCCUCAGACUGACGGCCUUGUCAAGUUCGUUUCAGACUCUGGGUCCGAUUGGGAUGACUGGCUGCCUUACCUGUUAUUUGCUUACAGAGAGGUCCCACAAGCAUCGACGGGCUUCUCUCCUUUCGAGCUCCUUUAUGGCCGGCAGGUGCGGGGUCCACUCGACGUCCUAAAGGAAGCAUGGGAGGGAAAAGAGCCAGAGCAGAAGGUGAGCGUCUUGACGUACGUCUUGAAGAUGCAAGACCGCAUGCAGACCUUGACGGAGAUGGUGCAGGAAAACAUGCAAGCAGCCCAGGCCAAGCAGCGGAGGUGGUAUGAUGCGUCAGCCAGAGACCGGUCCCUCCAGCCUGGCCAGCAGGUGCUGGUGCUCCUGCCAACGUCUGAGAGCAGCCUCCUGGCGAAGUGGCAAGGCCCCUACGUCGUCCAGCGGAGGAUGGGCAAGGUCACCUACGAGAUCGAGACACCGGACAAGAAGAAGCAAAAGCAGAUCUUCCACAUCAACAUGCUACGGGAGUGGCAUGAGCGAGAGCAACCCGUUCACAACCUGUUCGCCAGAGCGGUGGAGGAAGAGGAGGAGGCCGAAGAGCAGUACUUCCCAGUCCAGCAGCAGGAGGAAGUGGAAGACCUCGACCUGAGCCACCUCUCUGACAGCCAGCAGGGGGAGCUGAGAGCCUGCAUACCAGAGGGGGUGGUCAAGGGCACCCCUGGCAAGACAACGCUGGUGCAGCACAAGAUCCAGCUGAAAUCUCCUGGUCCGGUACGUCUCCCUUGCUACAGAAUUCCAGCACAGCUUCUCCCAAAGAUCAGGGGGGAGAUCGACAGCAUGUUGAGCAUGGGGAUCAUCGAACCAUCAACAAGUGAGUGGUCAAGUCCUGUAGUGCUCGUGCCCAAGAAAGAUGGGUCCUUGAGAUUCUGCAUGGACUUCCGAAAGGUAAAUUCACUUUCUACAUUUGAUCCGUAUCCCAUGCCACGAAUUGAUGAACUGAUUGACAGGUUGGGCAGCGCCAGGUACCUGACGACCCUUGAUUUGAGUAAGGGUUACUGGCAAGUGCCCAUGUCUCCAGAGUCCAAACCAUUGACUGCUUUUAAGACUCCUUUUGGUUUUUAUCAGUUUUGUUUUAUGCCCUUUGGCCUGCAGGGGGCGCCAGCAACAUUUCAGCGCCUCAUGGACCGGGUGUUGAAAGGGGCGGAGACGUUUGCGGCGGCAUACCUUGAUGAUGUCGUCAUUCACAGCCGCUCCUGGGAAGAACACCUGGUCCAUGUGGAGGAGGUGCUGAGGCGCUUGCAGGAGGCCGGUCUCACGGUCAACCCUUCCAAGUGUGCUGUGGCUCAGAGAGAGGUGCAGUACCUGGGCCAUGUCAUCGGCGGAGGCGUGGUGAAGCCGCAGGUGGGCAAGGUCAGCGCCAUUCUGGACACCCCUGUCCCGAAAACCAAACGCCAGGUCCGCUCCUUUCUGGGGGUGGUCGGUUGGUACAGGCGGUUUGUCCCACAGUUUUCCACCAGGGCGGCCCCACUGAUUGAGCUGACCAGAAAGUCUGCUCCCAAUCGUGUGGUCUGGACAGACCACUGUGCCACGGCCUUCGAUGAUCUGCGAACCUGCUUGACCAAAGACCCAAUCCUGCAAAGUCCCGACUUCAGCCAGCCUUUCCGGGUGCAAACUGAUGCAUCUGGGACGGGGCUGGGUGCAGUGUUGCUCCAGGGGCCACCUGGGGAGCAGAAACCGGUGGUGUUCCUGAGCAGAAAGCUCUUUCCACGGGAGAUGCGAUACUCCACUGUGGAGAAGGAGGGUCUUGCCAUCAAGUGGGCAUUAGACUCCCUCAAGUACUAUCUCAUGGACAAAGACUUUGUGCUCGAGACGGAUCAUCGGGCCCUUCAAUGGCUCGAUAAAAUGAAGGACACCAACUCCAGGGUGACGAGGUGGUACUUGUCACUGCAGCCCUUCAGGUACUCCAUCAGGUAUCGGGCUGGCCCAGAGAACAUUGUGUCAGACUAUCUGUCCCGAGUGAAUGAGGAGGAGGUCUAG